AUGUCGAGAUACUCCGAGACGGUUCCGUCCUCGCACACGCCGGCGUACCCGCAUCACCACAACUCGAGCUACCAGCACCCUCAGCAAUCGCGUCAACAACAACAAGAUUGGCCGGCGGCACAGCCAUGGAGCUACUAUGGACCGCCGCCGGCAGUCCCUGCCUCUCUAUAUCAGACGUCUUCGAGCGCCAGCACACCAUACGGCCCCUUCAUCCCACCUAGGCCGCCAUGGGAAGAAGAUGCAGAGGAGAAGAAGCGGGCGAGCAAGGGGCGUGAUUAUCUGCGGAAUCUGGGGAGUGAUCUGGCGUCUAUGACGCUGUAUGACGGAGUGAAGAAGGAGGGGGAGGUGAGCCGACCGAGACCAUCUUCGCAAGUGGACAAGCCAUUGCCCAGGGUCCCAAAGGCACCGGAGCUUCAGCACCGCCCUCACACCGAGCCUGUACCGCCCCAUCUUCCGGUCACCAUCCAUGUGAACGCCCAGGCCGGACCCUCGUCCCCACCCAAGACAUUCAAGCCUUCCCCAUACCUCAUCCUGCCUUCGUAUCACAAUCGUCGGCCUAUCUCGGACCCUUUGUCUGCUGGUCCGUCCAAGUUGUCCCCAUUGUCCCACAAGCCAACAAUCACAUUCCCCUCGACCCCUCCCCGCCGCACACUCGGCAAAGCCUCCCCACAUGUCAUCGAUUUGACAUAUUCCCCAGCUUCGUCGAGCUCCACAUCCGCCACCCCUCCAUCCAACGUCACUCCUCGGUCUCCCGCUCGCCUGCGCAAGCGCGCCACGUCUGAACAGCCUCCAACACCUACUUCGGCGUCCAAAGCGGCUGGCUCGGCUCGAUCACCAGCAUCGAAGGACACGGGGACAGCUGUCCGGUGCGCCGGCUUCACUCGUGCUGGGCAGCCUUGCAAGCGUAUCGUCCGUUCAGCGGCGCCAUUGCUGGCAUCUCUCGACUUAAACGUCUCGUCCGGUGGGAACAGCUACGUGGCGGAUCCAGGCCGGACAGGCGCCAGCGGGGACGAGGUAGCUGGGCGGUAUUGCAAGGAUCAUGCGGGGAUGAUCUGUUCGGCUAGCGGAUUCUAUCCGAGGGAGAAGCCGAGCGUCUGGGUGGCCUUUGACGAUUGGAUACCGCCUGAACUCGGACAACAGACACAAACAUUGAUCAGGAUGACUAUGGAAAGUCAGUUGACGGCCAAGGAAUCACCUGGCUUCAUAUACGCGUACGAGCUCCGCGACCUACAGACUAGCCGGACAAGCUACUUCAAGGUCGGUCGGACCGACAAUGUCCCUAGGCGGAUAGGUCAAUGGACAAAUCAAUGCACCUCAAAAUCACCGACACUGCGCGAUAUCUUCCCCCUCCCUUCCGCUCCUCUCGCUUCGCAUCAUCAAACACCCCGGUCCGGAUCCCUCCUCCCCGGCGCUCUCGGCUCCGGCACCUUGUCUUCCACUCCAGACCGUUCCCCGUCAAUAGCAAUGAAGCGGUGGGAACGGCUGAUUCACCUCGAGCUGGCCGACCUGGCGGCGCGAGAACGGCCGAUGGAGUGGGAGAGCGACGAUCUGAAGGGAAAGUGCACAGACUGCGGGGUGGUGCAUAAGGAGGUAUUCCCAGUGGCAAGGACGCCGGCGGGUGGGGGUGGAGGGGAAGGAGAGGGGUGUUAUCAGGUGGUGCUGGAGGUGAUUUGCCGAUGGGAGAGGUACAUCGCAUUUGCUCACGGCAACAAAGUCGAUAGUACACAUUAG